UUUCAUAUGGAUAAUGUGACAGUCUCUUGAUAUUGUAUUAUGAGUCUUUAAGACAUUUUCUGGGAGCUUAAUUAUGUAGGGCAGUGCUUUUGUAGUGAGCUUGUGCAUGAAUAGGCCUCUUCACAUUUGUAUAGGUGUAUUGUGUUCUUAUAUAUUUACAUAUGAAACGGUAUGAACACAAAGAGCUUGUAUGAGCAAUAUCUACCCCUACGUUAAAUGGCCCAAAAGGUUUUCACAAAACAAAAAUAUUUCCAACAAAACAGAUAAACCAGUUUGUGUAAACUCGGGUUGGGCAGCGCAAUAGUGGGUGUGGGAAAUAACACACAGGUUGCCGUACAAGUUUGAUGUUUAGUAAUGCAUUUGUGGUUUUAACAAACUCUGACCACAUUUAACAGCAAUGCAUUAUAUAUUUUUGCAUUAUGUUAUAUGCACAAGUGAAUGCUCAAGUGAUCAUAGAAUACUUGCUGAUUGUUGAGAGAGAGAGAGAGAGAGAGAGAGAGUUAACAAACCUUUAUUGUACAAUACCUACAGCCAUUCAGUAAUAGCAAAAAGCAGCAAAAAUUAAGAAAUCACCCAAUCAAAAAGAAACAAUAGCUAGACACACACACCCAAAACAAAUGAACAGAAAAAAGAGAAAAGGUCAAACAAAGCAAUAGAACGCAAUCCUGAAAUAUUCCUAGGUCCUGAAUUUCACUAUAGAAACUCUUGAUCUGACAAGAGAUUUAUACAUCUCAAUGAUGUUAACUGUUAUCCCUGUUUCUACUUUUUUCUUCCUGCUGAGGUACACAGCCAUCUGGGUGAGUGAGAGAGAGAGACUUUUAUAAAUCUUAUCAUUGGAAUUAACCUAUACCUUCAUUUCAAAUAGACUACUCUCAUUUUGUAGCCAUAGCCAUUAGUUUAAAUGGACCAAUAAUUAAUUCAGCUGUGAUCAGAAUUUUCAAUGGUUUCCUAUGACAUUGUUUGGUUUUAUUCUUGUCUUUCUUUAUAUUAUAAGCAGUAUAUUAGUAACUAAAUUACAGAAAUUAACUUAAAACCUGAACAUCCUUGACUCAUCACCGUCUUGUGUUACCGCUGGACUUCUACAGUUGUGUCUGGCCUGUGAAAAUAGGGCCCAUUGUUUGUGGUCUGGCCAAUAUGUCAUGGUUUUAGAUUGCAAUAUGUUUAUUCACUUCUUCACGCCCAUCUUAUUGUUUUGGCAGAAAUGGCAUUACCCAACAUCCUUGUGCUUGAGGAGCAAUUCCGGUGUUCUAUAUGUCUGGAUGUGUUCAACGACCCCGUAUCCACUCCCUGUGGCCACAACUUCUGCAUGGCCUGUAUCGGAGGAUACUGGGACAGCUGUGACCUGCCUCAGUGUCCUUUGUGCAAGGAGACUUUCGAAACAAGACCUCACCUCUGCGUCAACAAAAGCUUUGCAGAAAUUGUUGAGCAGUUCAAGAGCUCGGCUGACGUGAAUGCUAAACCAUCUGGGACACCGCCUACCCCAACCGCUGCAGGAGUGCUUUGCGACAUCUGUACUGAGGAGAAGCUCAAGGCUGUGAAAUCCUGUCUAACCUGUCUGACAUCUUACUGCGGCGAACACAUCAGUUUGCACAGGUUCAAUAAACACACGCUUUCUGACCCCGUGAGCAUGGAAGGCCACAUGUGCAAACAGCAUGAGAGACUCCUGGAGGUGUUCUGUCAGACUGACGAGACUUGCAUUUGUGCAUUAUGCGCCGAGAAAGACCACAGGACGCACGACACCAUACUUGUAGAGAGGGCAUGUGAAGAAAAGAGGAUUCAGUUUGGGAAAGUUGAAGAGGAGAUAAACCAGAUGAUCCAGGAGAGAAUAAAAAAGGUGGAAGACGUAAAGCGGACAGCAGAGCUCAGCAAAACUAAUGCGCAGAAAGAAAUUGAGGACAGCGAGCAAGUCCUCAAUGCUCUGAGGCGCGCGAUUGAGAGAAGCCAGUCCGAGCUCGUUGAGCUUAUAAAGGAAAAGCAGGACGCUGCAGAGAAAUGGGCGAAAGGAUUUAUCGAGAAGCUGGAACGGGAAAUUGCCGAACUGAGGAGACGAAACGCGGAGCUGAAGCAGCUCUCGCACUCUGAGGAUUAUAUCCAUAUCCUGCGGAGUUUCCCUUCCUUGUGCACCAUUUCACACAUCAAGAGCCCGUCUGAUGUCACUGUGUACGCUGAUCCCUGCCUGGGAACUGUGCAGAAAAUGUUGUUGCAACUGGUGGAGUUAAUAUCCGAAGAAGAGAAGAGGUUUUCCGCAAAUGCUAUUUUUCCCCCUUCUCUGGCACCAGAUGACGUGACUCUGGAUCCUGCCACUGCCCAUCCAUGUCUUGUCCUGUCAAGUGACAAGAAAAACUUGUGGCUUGAAAACGCAAAACAGGACGUGCCUGAUAACCCAGAGAGAUUUGAUCUGAUUGUUGCAGCACUGGGAGAGCAAAAUGUAAGUUCUGGAAGGCACUACUGGGAACUAGAAGUUGGAGACAAAACUGAAUGGAAUGUCGGAGUUGCUGCAAAGUCUGUGGAUAGGAAGGGCUCCAUCGUACGCAGUCCUGACAAUGGAUUUUGGACUUUGUGGCUGAUAAAUGGAAAUGAGUACUACGCUUACACUGAUCCUCCUGUCCAACUCGCCAUGAAUAUGAAGCCUAAAAAAAUUGGAGUAUAUGUGGAUUAUGAGGAAGGAUGCAUUUCCUUUUAUAAUGUAGAGGCAAAGUUGCAUAUCUACACAUUCAGUGGGUGCAGCUUUAAAGAGAAUGUGUACCCUUACUUUAAUACAGGUGUCAUUACUGGAGAUCAAAACAUGGCCCCACUCAUAAUCUCUCCUGUCGUUCCUAAAGAGUGAAUGAAGAUGUCUCUAUGUUAUCAGUACACAUGAUCUGUGUCAAAAAAACAUAAUUAGCACUCACAUGUUCUUCGUCAUUCUCAAGAGGAAAUAUUAUUCAUAGGUGCUCAGAAGAUAUUUUUCUUAUGCGAUAGGAGAUUUUGAGACAAAAUAACAAACUUUUUAAGAUAUGUAAAAAUAAAGAGAAAUAAAGUGCAAUAAUGUAAUACGCAUGCUAUCUUUAAGAAUAAAUAAGAGCAGCUAAAACGCUUUUUGAAAGUAUGCAAGGAAUAAAAAAGUACUACUUCACUGGAGAAACCAAAUUAGAGUGCCUUCAAUGAAAAAAAGAGUAGUAGUGGUUUAUCAAAGCCUAUUAGGAUCUAGGCAUUUGCUGUAACAUAAAAAAGGCCAACAGAAUGCUGGGAUAUAGAGAAAACCAAGUUAUAUCAGUGUUAUACAAUGCCUCUAUCAGACCACACUGAGUAUUUUGUGCACUACAAGCAAUAAAUAGAAGUUCUGAGAAAGGUCAAAGAAGGACAAACCAAUGUAGUCAUUGGUUCCUGAUAUGAAAUGUUAAAUUUAUGAGGAAAGACACAAGAUAAUCUCUUCAAGUUUAAUAAAAAGAGACUAUGGUGCCUCUUUCCUUUACUCUAUGUAUUCUACCCUGGCGCCAGCUCUGAAAUAACUCCUGUAAUUCUGACAAUGAAUCCCUCGUGUUGUACAAUAUCAUUCUAUUUGGAAGCAUAAAUACAUAAUCAUUACAAUAGCAGUGAUGAUUUUCAACAGAUUUUAUUUAAUUUGUAUUACAGGUCUGGGAAAUAUAACCAUUUUCUUUGAACCCA